UUACUCCGGUUCGAUCAUCGUCUGCUCGAGCACUUCACAGAACAAACACGAGGCACCAUAGGUAGACAUAUGGUACACUGCAACCCAUGGUAGAUACAUGCAUGGUUUCGUGCAUAUAUUAGGUUGGUGAGCCCAUUAAUUCUGUUAUUCGAUUCUCCCCAGCUACCUAGCACGCUUUAGUACAGUUUACUACACCAACCGAGAGUGGACUAUUCUCGCUUAAAAGAUCAUUCCUUUCAUUCAUGUGUUGUUGUGAGAACCAAAAGAAAGUCCAUGAGUUCAUAUAUGCAUACACACAUGUACGCAGCUGAGAGAGCAAGGGAGUUUGAAGUGGCAGCACGAGAGAGGCAAAUGGGUUGCUCUCCCUUGUGCGGGAUGCUAUCCAAAGUCGUCAUGAAAUGCAACGGGCGCCAAGGACGAACGAGGAAGGAGAAGCUGGACUACGCCAUGGCGUACCCUCCCGUUCAAACAUGCUACAUGCGUCCACCCGCCGCCAGCAACCACGCGAUACCCGUCACGGCGCAGUUUACGCCAACGCCCGGCGCAGGCGCCGGCGCCCCGCCGCCUCGAGCCCGCGGCGGCAAGCCCCGGAAGCGCAAGAAGUCCAAGCACGUCCGGUUCAGCCCGGCAGGCCCAGGCCCAGCACUACAUCCCGCCGGCGGGCCCAGGCCACCGGCGCCACCGCCGCACGCGGCCCACGCAUACCAGCACGCAGCAGGGAGUACGAGGAGCGGCGGUGACCAAAGCCUGCAGCAGCACGCCUCCGAGCCGUACUAUUCCCGGCCGGCGUCGACUCCAGGAGAUGCUAGUGGGUACUACGGAUCGUACGGCAGGUACUACGCGCCGUCGCCGUCGCCGAGGCGGCACUGCGAGUACUUCUCCGGCGAGUACCGCUGGAGCUACCCGACGCCGGUGCGCCAGGGCAUCUACAGCAUGGCCACGGACGCCAACCGCCUCACGGCCAUCUUCAGCGAGGAGAAUCCCAACGCCUGUGCCAUAGUCUGAGAAAUCCAUACUGCCCACAGGUCAGAGAAUAAGCUGUCUUUUUUGUUAUUAUUACAGUAGAAUUUCGCGAAUAUUGUGAUGUGGUGGAACAGUAGAUCAGACGGAUAAUUAGUUUCUAUUCUCUCCAUUCCAUAAUUUUCGUCUCAAAUUUGUUCAAAAAUAAAUAUAUCUAUUUGUAAAAAAGUUUAGAUACAUGUAAUAUUUCUCCAUUCCAUAAUUCUCGUCUCAAAUUUAUUCAAAAAUGAAUAUAUCUAUUUGUAAAAAAGUUUAGAUACAUGUAAUAUUUCGAUAAGGAUCGUGAGACGGAGGGAGUAAUUUUGUGAUCCACCAGUUACUUCGGUCACUGAUGUGCUGUGGUCGUGUGGAUAUUGGAAUGGAUAUGUUCGUUGUGUUUUA